AUGAAGUGGCUUGUGGUUCUCGGGCUGGCGGCCCUCUCGGAGUGCUUGGUCAAAAUCCCUCUGGUGAAGAUCAAGUCCAUCCGAGAAAACCUCUGGGAACAUGACAUGCUGAGAAGUUAUCUGGAAAAGUAUCCAUACAGCCUGGCCUACAAGUUUCUGGACGAGUACCAGGACCAGGCGGUGGCUCUGGAACCCAGGAGAAACUACCUGGAUCUGGCGUACAUCGGCAUCAUCAGCAUCGAAACGCCCCCGCAGGAGUUCAAGGUCCUUCUGGACACGGGCUCCACCGACCUGUGGGUGCCUUCCAUCGACCACACCAGCCAGGUCUGCGCUAAUCACAACACCUUCAAUCCUCUGCUGUCCUCCACGUUCCGGGCCUCGGGCCAGCCCACCGACCUCCUCUACGGCUCCGGGCAGAUAUCAGGAUUUCUUGCCUAUGACACCGUCCAGAUUGGGGGUCUUGUGGACGUGGGCCAGACAUUCGGCCUGAGCGUCAAGGAGCCUGGCAGUUUCAUAAAAUUUGCGGUCUUUGACGGCAUCCUGGGGCUGAGCUAUCCCGACCUCGGCAUUCAAGGCCCCACCCCUGUCUUCGACAACCUGUGGAAACAGGGUCUCAUUUCUCAGAACCUCUUUGCCUCCGAUUUGAGCAACAAGGAAGAACAAGGCGGCGUGCUGACGCUGGGUGGUGUGGACCCCGCCUACUACACCGGGAACCUGAACUGGGUGCCCGUGUCCAAACUCCUCUACUGGCAGGUAGCCGUAGACAGCGUCACCAUGGAUGGGAAGGUCAUUGCUUGCGGCGGCGGCUGCCAGGCCAUUCUGGACACCGGGACCAUCCUCGACAUCCAGAAGCGCAUCCACGCCGAGCACGCCUACGGCGGCAAGUACGCCCUCCCAUGCGACGCCACUGGCUCGCUGCCAGACGUGGUCUUCACCAUUCACGGCGUCAAGUACCCAGUGCCUGCCAGCACCUACAUCCGCAAGAAGGCGCCGGCCGGCCCGCCCCGAACCCACACGCAGCCGCUCCUGGGGUUCCGCGCGGGGCUGGGUUUGGCGCUCUGCCACGCGCGGUUCUCGGCGGAGAAAAAAGGACGCUGCUUCGAAUGGUGCCGACGCCCACGGCUGCUUCUCUUAGGGUCAGGGGGGCGCCCGGGAAUGCAGCAGGACUCCGGGGUCCAGUUUCGACCCCAGGCGAGAGAAGCCCGACCCGCAGGCUCAGGCCAGGAGCUCUGCGAAGGAUGCCCUGGCUCCGAGGGCCAGAGCAGGUCCCGCGAUCCCAACGCCGGACCCAAGAAUCCAGAGCCCUCAGCACACCCUUCCCUCCUUCCUCCUCUCCUCUGUCUCUGGUUCUUUGCCCGAGAGCUCCCCCUCGGGCUUCUUCCCAACGGCGACCUUGGCCGCAGCCCCCGCCCGGGGCUGCAAAGCCCGUAUGGAAUCGAACCCGAGGCGCACGCCGCUCGGAAUACAGGCCAGGCUGCCAUGUUCUUUCCAGCUCUGCUUCCCCUGAGCUGGGCCCAUGUGGACCCUGAGCCAUCCCCGCCCCACAGACGCCCGGAUAUCACGCCUCCUGGGCCCUCCCGAAGACUGGCCGCCUGCUCUUACCAUCCCAACCUGAAAUACACCCCAAAACCCUGCAGUGACUAUUGA